CGUGGAAAUGUGGUUCCCACCUGCAGGCUGAUUAUUCACUUGUCUCAUCUACCGACCUUGAUAGAUGCGAACUGCACAUCCAUUCCGAGCGAUUCAGAACUAUUGACGAUGGAUCCGGCCAUAGAUCCACUGAUAGAUGCGGAUCCCCCGGGCCUGAGGCGGUAGAUGAGAUGACAUCUAUCGAAUUUUGAGGUUAUGUUAUGUUUAUUUUCCGGCGUGUUUACCGUGACUUGUGAACUAGUGAAGUUGUGGGUGACAUGUAGAUCAGUUCUUUUAGUGUAUUUGCGUGUUUAAUCUCCUACUCAAAUGGCUUUUCUCCCACCGGGCUUCCUACCUCAUCUUGCUGCACUGGAAAAUGCUGCUAAUGAAGAAGAAGCGGCUCAUAAUUACCGAGUUCAGAGGAAGAGACUACGGGACGCGUGCAAUCCCUUUGAUAUUCCUCAGGCAAUCUUCAAGCAGAACUUCCGUCUUGACAAAGAGAGGGCUCACGGUUUGAUUGACAAGCUCACUCCUCUAAUGCAGACUCAGAGGGCUUUCAGCCUAACUGCGACUCAAAAAGUUUUGACUGCCUUAAAGUUUUUGUCAUGUGGGAGCUAUCAGCGAGGUUCGAUUGCGCACCAUAAUUUGAUUAAUUUGAGCCAGGCAUCUGUCAGCCGUUGCCUGUCUGACUUUUUGACUGCAAUGGAUCAGGCGGUGGUUCGGGAGGUCAUCAUAUUUCCCACGACUGAAGCCGAAAUUCAGGCAACAAAAUUGGGAUUCUUCGAAAAGUUUGGAUUCCCGGGCUGCAUAGGCGCUGUGGAUUGCACCCUGAUAGGUAUUAAGAGACCCUCCCAAAACGAAGAGCAGUAUUACAGUCAUAAGAAUCUGCAUUGUAUUAAUGCUCAGAUUAUAUGUGAUAGUAAUUUACGCAUUACAAACAUUAACCCACGUCAUGGAGGUGCCACUCAUGAUGGCUUUAUUUGGAGAUUCUCGGUCAUUAACAACCAUUUAAGGAUUGCCCAUCAAAAUGGACAGACUUAUACUUGGCUUGUUGGUGACAGCGGGUAUCCUACUCUACCGUGGGUCAUGAUUCCCAUAAUCCACGCGGAUGAAAACACCCCUGAAGGUCGCUAUACUCACGCCCAAAUUAGAACAAGGAACUGUGUAGAGCGAGUGAUAGGAGUGAUGAAGGCCAAGUGGCGUUGCAUUCUUAAGCAUAGGAUUCUGCACUAUGAACCUGGGAAAGCAAGGCGCAUCAUAAGAUCCUGCGCCGCACUUCAUAACAUCGCCAUGACAAUGGAGGAUUAUGCUCAUGAUGCUCAGAAUUUCGAGGUAGAUAUCGAUCAGGAAGGAGAACCAGCAGGACCUCUAAAUGGUAUCCUGGAGGAUGAGUUGGCGGCAGGUUUAGUAGUUCGCACAGAAUUGAUUGCAGCCCAUUAUGGUUAGAUGUGACUGAGUCUUUCUUCUCUCCCAGAACUUUCUGUUGAACUCCACCAUAAGUGUAUCAGCGUUCUUUUUUAAUUAUUAUAAUAAUAAUACUGUGUUGCUGAAAAGAGCAGUAACAUCAAAAUUUUCGUAAUUGAGUUUGAACGACAUGAAAGUUCGACUUUUGAAUGUGAGUUUGAAUUGAGGGGUUGGUGCUACGCUCGUGGUCCAUGCUCUUAAUAAGUAUUACUUUCCUCUUCUUUUUUCCUUCCAUCAUGCUUUAAUUUGACGCCCUGCUGGUUUCAGCUUUGCUUCGUCUUUUCUAUUGCAGGCGUUUAUUUCCCGGUUCUGUAGUGUAGUGUUGCAUAUUUUGACUCUACAUCUGUGUCAGAGAUUUUAGUAUAAAUGACAUGUUCCCCAUGAGACAACUCCAGUGUAAGCCUUCCAUGACCUACAGACGAGUUCAUUAAUAAAUUUCUAUUUCCAUUUGGUGGACAUUUUGCAACUAAGAACCAUAAUCUUUAGCUCACUUUAGAAACUAUGUAUGUACCAUUAGUUUCCCAAUGCAGAUAUGUGUUUUUACGGACAAGCCUAAUCCUAAUUGCAGAAUGAAGUCCAUUUUCUCCCUCUUAAAGUGGACUUCAGUCAACUCAUCCCUCAGCAAGAUCCUUUUGCCAACAAAUUAUGAAGUAUCCAUGUUUUAUUGUUUCUCAGCAUUCCUAUUUUUCCUCACUCUUGAAAGUAUGUUGUAAAGAGGAAAGAAAAAUGUGAGGCAGAAAUGAUUAUUUAAGUCUAAAUACAGAAUUUGCUAGUGUCUGAAAUUUGAUGAAUUUCGUGUUUAAGUGGAAACUACCGAGUGAACUGAACACGAGGAUAUCCUUGGUUCAUGAAUUGAACAAUCAUUGGAGAAGAUAUGACAAAAUGAUCUAAUCUGCUAAAAUACACGUGUUUCAAUGGGAAAUGCCGCCAGAUGACAUCUGGGCGGCGCAUUUUCUCACAUUUAAAUCUAUUUUCAUACUAUUUCCCAGAAAGUCCCUGAGACAGGUACUUUGAACUUUACUAAAAACCUUUGAUUAGUAAUAAUUAUGAUGAUGUAAAAGCUGAGCUUAUGGUGGCAAUGGCUUUUUGAGUCGCAGUUAGGCUGAAAACCCUCUGAGUCUGCAUUUGAGGAGUGAGCUUGUCAAUCAAACCGUGAGCCCUCUCUUUGUCAAGACGGAAGUUCUGCUUGAAGAUUGCCCGAGGAAUAUCAAAGGGAUUGCACGCGUCCCUCAGUCUCUUCCUCUGAACACGAUAAUUAUAAGCAGCUUCUUCUGCAUUAGCAGCAUUUUCCAGUGCAGCAAGAUGAGGUAGGAAGCCCGGUGGGAGAAAGCCUUUUGAGUAGGAGAUUAAACACACAAAUACACUAAAAGAACUGAAAGACUCAGAGGAAAAAAAUUAAAAAAUACUGGAAAAUCAGCUCUUUAAGCACUUUCAGAUGAAGCAAUAAAAAAUUUGCACCCAAAUUCUCCAUUUUAUGUAAUGAAAAAAAUAGAGAGUUCCUAAGUUCCUUGUCUUCUAGAUAAUCUGUAUUAUGUAAUGUCACUAGUGUUACCAAUGUUAAUUAGUUUUCUAAUACCUUUGUAAAUUUAACUCAUUGAGAUAGAUACAAGGCGUGUAGUUCUUGUAGCUGUUAUUAUAUUUUUAAAUAAAAUUUGUUUAGAAAGGAAAA